UAGCUGGUGGGAUGAGGAACCACAGCCGGCUAACGUGACUAACAGCGCCGGAAUUAACGGCUGUCCUGCUGAAACAAAUCCAGAUUUAUUUAUCUUUCUGGAGAGCCCAAAGGACAUCCAACAAAAGGAAAAGGGAGAAGACAAGAUGGAGAUGCUGUGCUUCCGGUUACCGGGCCACGGGGACACCACCCUGAAGCAACUGAAUUCUCUGAGGUCCCGUCAGCACUUUUGUGACAUCACAAUUGUGGCCAGCGACAACCAGACAUUCAGAGGACAUAAGGUGGUGCUGGCUGCCUGCUCGCCCUUCUUAAGGGAUCAGUUCCUCCUCAACCCGUCCCCCAAACUUCAGGUGUCGAUGCUGUACAGCUCGUCAGUGGUGUGUGAUCUGCUUCAGUCUUGUUACACUGGCAUCCUGCAGUUCAACCCAGAGGAGAUUGUCAACUACCUGACGGCUGCCAGCUACCUACAGAUGGAGCAUAUUGUGGAGCGCUGCAGAGGAGCACUGAAGAAAUAUGUGCAGUUAAAAAACCCCAGUCCACCAAAGAUAACUUCAGAGGAGAGCCAGGCUCGACCUGUGAUUGUCAGCGGGAGUAUUCAUUCUGUUGCAUCUCCUCCCACGACCCGGCCCUCCCCUGUGCACCCACUCAGUCCUGUAGUUCGCUCUGUGGAGGAGAACAGUGGCGACAUGUCUGCUCAGGGCAGCAGUCAACACCACGAUGGCAGUCCCAUGCUGGAUGAGCCGUGCAUUAAGGUUAAUGGAUCAGACGAGGAGGAAGAGAACAGACAGGAGGACUACGAUGUGUUCAGAGUUUAUAUCAAUGAAGAGGCGCAGAUGAACAGAGAGCGUGAGGAGGAGAGAGGAGCUCCCUCAGAUGGACCUUCAGAUGUGUGUUACCCUGAAACAGAAGGUGUCCUGAUUGGAGAAGGCGGUGAAUAUGACUUGAAUCCAACAGAAGAUGAUCUCACUACAGGAGGACUUUCAGUGGAGGGGCUCCGUGCUUUCAGACGCAGGCUGUCAGACCCAAAAAUUGGCCGGGGCAGAGGGAGAGGCAGGGGGCGGGGUUUUAAGAGGAGAAGGUGGUCAUCGCAGGAGAAAAGACCUCCAGGCAUGGCUCCAAACCAGGAUAUGUGGUAUCUAGCAACUGCAGGGAUGGGAGGGGGGUUCAGCUUAGACUACAGCCAAGAAGGACUUAAGACAGGAAAUUAUGUGCCAGUUGAACUCCCACAGUUAGACUUCAGCAUGGGCGACACACAGGGAGAGAAGGUCUCCCCGAUGGCGGCCAACAGUUUGACGCAGUUUGGCCUGGAGGAUACGAAUGCCGGUGAGGGGAGUUCAGGGCUGGCUGGAACAAACGAUGGAGGGGAUGAGUCUGUUGCAGUGGUGGGCUCUACUUCAAGUGUAACAGGACCUGUGAUCUGUGAGCACUGCGGCAUGACGUUCCCCUCUGCCCACUCACUGGCCCUCCACUCCCGCUCCACUCACCUGCUGUACGCCUGUCCCUGCUGCGGCAAACACUUCCACCACUCCGCCAACCUCACCCGACACAUGGCCGUGCACAGAGGCGCUGGCAAAACCCACCAGUGCCCCCUCUGCUAUAAGACUUUCACCCAAAAGUCCACACUGAUAGACCACAUGAACCUCCACAGUGGCGAGCGACCACACCGCUGUGCGUACUGCCAUGCUCGAUUUGCCCACAAGCCCGCCUUACGACGCCACUUGAAGGAACAACACGGAAAAACAACGGGGCAGAACUCACUGCACGAGCAGGAAGAGAGGGAAAGAGCUGGGGGGAGGAUAAGGGAGGAAGAGCAGGAAUGCCUGGUUACUGAACAAGUGUCAUAGGUCAGAGCGCUAAAGACAGCAAAGUGUUGAGAAAUCUAAAAAAAAAUCCAGCUCCUCAGGCUCAGCAGUUUACUGCAGUUACAAUUGGCAGAGUGACGAGCUGUGCAGUGGGGAGGUCAGUCUGCAAAAGGGAAAAUUUGUCAGCGUUGAUGGUAAACGUAGCCGAUUAAAUACAUUCCUCAGUGUGCGCUGUAUUGACACAGAAAGCCGCUCAUAGAGUCGGCCGGAUUUGCCAACAUGUACCAGGAUGCACUGAACAUGAGCUGCUGACACCUAGCCAAAACAAAGUGUAGCCAAGAGUUAUAAGAUACAGCAACUAAGGUGGCAAUAAAUAUGUAUUUUCUACAUUGUCAAAGGCAGCAUAUUACAGCUUCACAAUAAAAGCCCAACUUAGAUUCACUCAACAAAAGAGCUGAUAAUAAGGAUGUGCUCACAGGUUAAAAAACGUUUAAAAAGUAUAUAAGGAAAUUGGGUGGGCAGAGUAUUAGAUGACAAAAAUACUCACCAUAUGCCCUCUGUCUCAAGCACACUUCUAAAUGAGGAGUAAAACUUUUAUUCACAGACACAUACAAUCGUGGAAAAAUAUAUUAGACCAUUGUUUUCCUCAAUUUCUUGUUCAUUUUAAUGCCUGGUACAACUAAAGGUAUAUUUGUUUGGACAAAUAUAACAAAAAUAGCUCAUAAGAGUUUAAUUUAAGAGCUGAUAUCUAGCAAUUUUCCAAGGUUUUCCUGAUAAUGAUUUUGGUUAUUAUCAAGAAAACCAUAAUAAGCGAAAACAAGGGUGGUCUAAUCAUUUUUUACAUGGCUGUAGAGACAGACAACUAUUCACGCUCUCAUUCACACCUUCGGGCAAUUUAGAGUCACCAAUUAACCUAAGAUGCAUGUCACCACCACACCUUUGUUAGCACUUAUGAUUACACUACUUACCAUAGCUUUUCUAUAAUCUUGAUCUGUAUUUAUAUUUUUCAUUCAAAGUACUUCUAUUUAUACUCGCACAUUUGCUUCUGUUUUUGCUGCUGUGACAAGUGAAUCAAUAAAGUAGUAUCUAAUCUAAUCUAGUCUUUGGAUUGUGGAAGGAAGCAUAAACAGUUUGCAAGCAAAGAGAACAGGGAAGUAUUUAAGGUGCACGCCCCAUGGCUACUGAAAGAAAGCCAAGCUGAAGUAACCUGUGGUUCCUCCUGCCGCCAACUACGUCACAGUCAUGUUGGUCGAAUGAUUGCGCGGGACAGAGGAAGAGCAGCAGAUUUUCCAGCUGCUUUUUGAUCAACAUAGCACACACUGAGGAAUGUAUUGCUUCAGUCAGCUACACUUACAGUCAACAUUGAUUGAACACCCACAUGAAAUGUGCCAAAUGUCUUUUUUGAACAAGUGCUGAAUACUGACCGAGGCCUUUUAAAGUGUCGGACUGUGAAAAUAAAAGCCCCUUCAUACAAAUAUACACACUGUGUGAUAGCUGUGUGCUAAAAGAGACUGAACAGUCCUCCACCCUCUUACACUGAGACAAGAGGCCUUUUUCACAGCAGACAUUUUAACCAGGUGUCACUAAUAACACAAAUGAUGGCUCUGUUGUAUUAAAGUGUCACAGUGAGCCACACACAAUAACAGGACCUGGAAACUGAAGCAGCUAAAUGCUGUGAUGUCAAAGUGUCCUUUGUGACAAAAGGGUAGUCUUUUCAUGUCUCUUAGAUUAGCUUCAUUAGUUUGACUCAUAACUGUAAUGUUAUACUUGAUUAAUAUGUAAUACAUGUUCAGUACAAUGAGUGGACACAUUUUCCAAUGAAAAGAUGAUGUAAAUCAAUGUAAAUAAAAUAAUUUGGAAGUCUCUUCUCA